GUUGAGCCAUAACUAAGCACCAGAACACCAGAAUUAGAACGAUUAGUCUAAAACAACGGAUGAAAACACAGUGGUAAAAUAAUUUGUUACUUAAUAAGUGCUACUUGUUCACUAUCAGUUAGACAUUUAUUUAGCACCUUGCAAUAUGCCAUUCAUCGGUAGAGACUGGAGAUCACCAGGCGAUCAGUGGGUGCGAACAACUGAAGGAUGGGAAAGAAUGAGACUUUGGCGAGUCAAGAUUUUCGAAAAUUUGAAUCAAAACGCUGUUGCAAGGUAGUAAAAUAAUUAUGUCUGUUUAUUGUGCACUGAAAGUCUACGCUUCGGAACGGUGUUACUUUUCUAUUAACUCCUUAAUUUAAUAACUUACCGUUCAUGAAAUAUAGUUUCCAUUCUUAAAAAUUAAAUUAAAAAUAAAGUAUUUUGAACAUUUUACCACAUAUCAUGGGCAUGGGUCAUCCGCUAUCUAUUAACUUUCUCUUUAUAAUUUAUUAAAUAAUUCAAAAUUAUUUAACAAAGUUGCGCUGAAAGGGUACAAUUUUUUCUUAUAUUUUAACUUAAAGCUAACUUUAAAAAAUGUAAUAAUAAUCUAGAUAGAUAGGCAGGUAGGCCAAUGUAAAGAAUAUAAAUGUGUGUGUAAUAUCACCAUCAAUGCAGUCCAUGAGAGUCAAUGGCGCUACAUCUCAUUGAGUGCUCAGGCCUAGUUCACCAUGUCCAUACAAUACAAUAUCCUUCUACAUAGACAUAUCCAUGUUUUUUGUGAUUUUGCUCCAUGCACACUCUUCCAGCUAAUCAUGGCUAAAAUAAAAUGUAAAUCCAACUGGAUAACAUUCUAGGUGGCCAUCCAUAAAUCCUGUCAUUGUCAGGCACAGCCAUAGUUUUUAUUUUCUCCUGACAGUGUCAUUAGCUCUGCAGCACAACUGUUUGGAAGGGAGGGGGCCCUUCACAUCCCUCAGUGUUGGUACCUUUGUUUUAGGUUCAGGUUCCUAGCCUUUGUAAAUCCCUUACCGAGUAUGAGGCAAGAGUGGGGGACUCUUUUUAUAUUUCCCCAGUACAGCUAAACCUGGUUGGCGUUCCACCAUAUAUGUCCCCUGUAGUUGCCCAAUGAGAGAUCAGCCACUCCAUACAAAAUAUUAAUAACUAAACAUAAUAUAAUAAUAUAACAUAACUACUAUAGUAUAAUUUAUAUCAAGGCAAAUUUUUAGACUCAUAGCACAAUUCCACCUCAUAAAAAGAAUGAUAGUGAAAUUUAAAAAAAUGAUUUGAUUGGUAGAUAUCUCUUUAGUUCUGCUAUUUUCUUCAGAGGACCUCUUUUUCAGUUUGUAGAAUUUGCAGAAUUUUUAGCCAAUAGCUGUGCACAUAUUUAAUGAAGUAUGCAGUUACCAGGGGUGUCAUUUCAGGGGCUGUGAGGCAAAUUGAUUAUGAAUAGUGACACUCAAGAGUCUGAAUGUUUGCAGGCAAAUUACUUUUGUAAUCAAGAAAUUUGCUAUGGGUCCAGAAUAUAGAUAAGGUUUGGAAAUCUCUAGUUAGACUAUCUGAGUAUGAUAUACAUCUGGUUUUUUAAUUAAAAAACAAAUAUUUUUCAGCUAAUUUGAUUGAAUAAUUCAUAUUUGUAUAUAUUUUUCGAAUACCCCUUUUCUUAAAGUUAAAGAAAAAGGGGACAAAAUACUUGUAUAUUCAUUCAUUAUAAAAAAAAAUGAAGGAAAAAAAAAAAAACUUAGGUAAAAUAAGGAAAGGCGUUUGAUGGACUAGAUGAGGUUAACACAGUUAAAUUUCACCACUGAAAUUUUUAAUACAUGUCCCAGCUACCCUGCCCUUGGAAAAGGGUGCCAUUCUACAAUCUGUUGAUGGUACUGAUUAAAGAUAUGCUUAAUCAAGUUGAGAGCUUUCAUUAUUUAAUUCUAAUAAAUAAUAGAAACCUAUGAUAAUCAAAUUAUUGAAAAAAAUAUUUGUUUUACCUUACUUUAAAAUAGUAUUACUUUGUAAUUUCAGAAUAACACGCCUUGCUAUAGAAGACCUGCAUUUCACCAAAGGAACAACUGAAAUUACAAGUAGGAGACAGCCAUAUAUAUUUUUCAACAAUGGCUCAUCCAAAGAAGUAACUAUUAAUUAAAAAUAAUUUAAUUAACAAAAUAAACACCUAUUAUCAUUGUAUUUAAUUUGAUAUAAGAAAUUAUAGAUUAGAGAAAGGAAUAUUUUAUUUUUUUAUUUUUCAGCUGAAAUUUCUAAAUGUAUUAUUAUGUUAAUGAAUAAACAUGAUUAAAUUGAAAAGUAGCAUACAAAAAAAAAAAAACUUAAGUUAUUACUGAGUUAUAUUAAUUUUUUUUCCACUUGCAGAAAUUAGAGCUGACAUCACUAAGUGAAGCUUUAGUUAGAUUAGAUAUGACUGGUGCUGCCAGAGACAUCAGCAGGGCAAAUUAUGUGACUAAGGUAAUUUUUUAUUUCUUAAAGUCUGGUAAGCUUAGUAAUUUAAAGUUUAAAAAAAAAAUCCCAGAAUUUAUUUUUCACACCAGUCACAAGUUAUUAAAUCCUACAUACAACUUCCCUUCAAUUAAACAUCUAAAAAUACUUAGUGUUGAAGUCAGAUAAUUAGAAAGUAUUUAAAUUAGGUUCCAAAGAAAAAUAAUACAAUUGACAAUGAUUGACAAGUCAUAGUAUUUCAAAAGAGAUUGCAAUGUUACUUUUAGCUUGGAAUAAAAAGCAUUUAAAGAAAAAUCUUAAAUAUUAUUUCAAUUUCAGCUAAUGACAUUAAUCUUGGAGAAAAAAUUGCCAGCCCUAAGUGGGACAUCUCAAAAGCUUGUAUUUAAUAUACUUGAGUCUAUGGUCUAUGAAGGUAUGAACUGAAGUAUUUGUAUGUUAGUAAUGAAUUGUUUAUAAUUGAUCUAUUUAAAAAUUUUGUUUUAAUAAUUUGGUUCCAUGACAAAUGCACCCAUGAAAAACAUGCUAAAAAAACGCAGCACACACAUAUAACUGCGUGACGCAAAAUUCUGCGCACACAGAAAAUUAAACAAACUGUAAUUUUUAAAAAUGGCAGUUGAAAGAUUUCGGUUAGUUACCAGCAUAAAAGAAAAGGUGGCAAUUAUGAAAGGCAACAUAUAAGCAUUUUAAGCAUUUCAGAGAAGAAAAAUUAAAAAUGGGUCAUCCAUAUCUGACAAAUUUUUUAAACUCUACAAUUAUAUUAAAAUUUAAAAACAAAAUAUUACAUUUAAAUUUCUAUUUCGCAAAGAAGAAAAUUAUAAUUGUUUUUCUUUAAAUUGACAGUAAUUCUACUUUAAAAUAAAUUUUUUGAUGAAUAAAACGAUUCACAUCAUUAGAGUAUAGAGACUGACUUGGAGCAUAUUUCCUAAACUUUAAAUCGGGGGUGCCCAACUUGUGGGUCACAUGCCACAUAAAAAAAUUUGUUGCCCGCAGAUUCCAUACUUAUCAUGAAUAAAACAAAUUCAUUCUUCAUUCAGUCGAAUUUUAUAUUUAAAAAUUAAGUGAGUGAAAAGAUAUACAAAUAUCACAUUAACUUAGAUCCAUUAGUUAUGGUUAUUUUCAUUUCAUUGUGUAAAUUAAGUUUCUUUAUAAUACUAUUGGCCAGCUGGUAAAUCAAUACUUCUAUUGGCCAGCUGAUAAAUCAAUAAUUCUAUUGGCCAAAUGGUAAAUCAAUAAUUCUAUUGGCCAGCUGGUAAAUCAAUAAUUCUAUUGGCCAUUUGGUAAAUCAAUAAUUCUACUGGCCAGCUCGUAAAUCAAUAAUUCUAUUGGCCUGCUGGUAAAUCAAUAAUUCUAUUGGCCAGCUGGUAAGGCAAUAAUUCUUUUGGCCAACUGGUAAAUCAAUAAUUCUAUUGUCCUACAGCAUUUAGUGGGUGUUUAUUUUGAUGAUGGGUGUAAAAAAACAAAUAAAAUUAGGCAAUUUUUAUCAUACUGUCUCAUGCAUUCUUCCCAACUUGCCUUUUAUGCUGAUAGACAAUUGUACUGAACUAUUUUAACCAUAAAAAUUUUGCUUAAAAUAAAAUUUCAUUAUUGAUGUGCGCAAUAGUCUGUGUCCACGGUUGUCAAUGUUUGCAAUUGAGAGUGUGAAAAUUUUUUAUCUAAGCAUUUGUCGGUGUGUGUUAUUUAAUAUGUUAUCAAUUGUCAGUGUGCACAGUUAUGUCUGUGGAUUUUUUCUGUGCACAUUUAUUUUGUGGGCAUAUGUCUGGCCACCUAAUAAUUUGUGGUAGCUUUUUUUUUACACCUUAAUAUAAUAAUGCCAAUAUGAAUAUCUCUUGUCGAAUAAAACUAUUAUUCUAAGCGGAAUCAUAAAUCAGAUUCUCAUGAGAAAUGUACAUUUAAUUGUAGAGAGGACCAGAGGUCAUUGUGUAUUCACAUAUCAUUUGUCAUAGCAAUCAAGACAGAACUAAACAUAGGAAUGAUGAAAGAUCUCCUUGAAUGUGCUUGUGACGCCCUGCAUGAAGGAAAACAUUUCCAUAUUGGGAGCCAGUGCUUAUGGUCCAAACACAUGGAAUCUGUAAAUAGAUUAACAUCCAAACUUGCAGAGUAUCAAAUGAAGGAGGUAAUUUCAUGUCUUUGGUGUAUCUAAGAGAACAGAGACAAUUUCAUAUCUUUGGUGUAUCUAAGACAGCGGUUCUUAACCUGGGUUCGAUCGAACCCCAAGGGUUUGGUGAGUCAGUCUCAGGGGUUUAGCUGAGGUCUAAAAAAAAAAAGAAAAAAAUCAUAUUUUAUCUUUCCUAUUAAAAAGGGUUCGGUGAAACUGAUGUGGUUCCGUACCUCUAACAAGGUUAAGAGCCACUGAUCUAAGAGAACAGACACAAUUUCAUGUCUUUGGUGUAUCUAAGAGAACAGACUCAAAUUCAUAACUUAAGGCAUGAAACCUGUAGGAAAUUUUUAUUCUGUAUCAUUCUGGAGUUUAAGAUCUUUUGUGCCUGUAAAUUUUCUAGUACUAUGGAACUUUUGUUCUAAAUGGAACUUUUGUUCCAAAUGUAAAGCAUGUUCACACACCCACACCAUGUUAUUAUUAUCAACUGUUUAAAAGAGCUGCAGGCAUUAAAUAGUCAGGCUCAGAGACUUAAUUGGUUUUUGAAUAUUUGAAUAUUUUUUGUAUUUCAGAGAAAUAAAGAUGGUAGAGUGAUGCUUUCUGACCUGCCGACUGACUGCCUGCGCACAAUUUUCUCUCAAAUCUCAGAUCACAAAGAUGUUUUAAGGGCUGGACAAACAAGCACCACACUUAAUCAGGUGAUUAUAGAAAUUAAAUGAUGAUUAUAAAAAUUAAAUGAAGAUGCCAUGAGGGAUUCUAAUGAACAAAACAAGCUUAGAUUAUAUUAGCAGAGUAAACUAUUUGAUAUACAGUGAUUAAAGAAGAGUAUUAACGUCUUUGCAUUCUAUUAACAUAUUUUUAGGUGACAGAAGAAAGAUCACUUUGGAGAGACAUGUGUUUAUACCACUUCAACAAUCGCCAAAUUCUCACAUUUCUACCAAAGCAAACAGAUGAUGUUGAUAUAGAUUGGAAGAAUAUCUACAGGAGAUGUUACAAGUAAUUGAAAAACGAUUUUAAAUAUAAUGAAAGUUACAGUAAUAAAAUAAUUGAGUAUUUAUUAAUAAUUUUAAAAUUAUUAUAUAUCUGCAAAAAAAUGUUUAAAAAAUUAUUGUAUGUUUCAGACGUUUUGGUAAAAAGGAGACUUUUGCAGACAUGCUAGCAUUAUGUUCGCAUUGCUGUGGCAUUCAUUGGAAGGUAAAACUUGUUCAGUGUUGUUGAAGUAGCAAAUAAUGAUACUAAUAUAUAGUUAAGCUAUCUUUUCCUCAAACAGAAAAAAAAGCAUGGUCUUAAUAUCACAUUUAUAUAAUAAUUUACUUUGUCAUGAAUCAUAUAAUCUGUUAAAAUGUUCAUAAAAAUACAAUAGAAUACACUUAUAAAAGUAAAUACUACAUUUAGGCUUUAAAAAAAUAACAUCAUUGGGCCUCUAUGAAAUAUGAUAAUGUUGCUUUUACAGGGUGUAGUUUAAAAAACAAGUGUUAAAAACUUAAGAAAAAUUAAAAACAUUAAUUAAAACAAAAUGUAUCUAAACUUAAAAAAAAUUAUUAUUCAUGCUUGAUAAAAUUAUGUCUUUAAAAUAAAACAAUUUAUUUUUCAGUCUCUUGGACACCCAUGCAUUGGGGAUCAGCCAUUCAAGUGCAAAGAUUUAAGUCCAGAAGAUUUCCUCUCACUUUUUAAACUUUGAGUUCAUUAUUUGAAUAAAUUGUGAAGUUCUUAACAGACAAAAAAGCUGAAGAACAAUCCUUUGAAAUACCAGUAUUACUGAAGCAUACUGUUUCCUACUAAGUGUGAUGUAAGAGCACUGUCAAAAACAUCAAGGUUGCAAUGUUUAUUUCUUUGUGCAUUUUGUCACAGGUUUUGAUAGUACGUUUACAGUUUAAUUUCCAACUUUUCUAAGUGAAUUGAACAUUACAUGUUUUUUAACAUAAAAUGCAGCCAGUGUACUUGAGGGAAUAAAAUGUUAUUCUACAAUAUAACAUAAAGAUCUAAACUGAUCUAAAGAUCUAAACUGACAUGAAGAUCUAAACUGACGUUCCUUUACAUGAUUAUAAUUAUUUGCCUGUUCUACCAUCUGUUUUUAAACACCACUCACUUAAUUUAUUUUAUUAUGAUGCACCAAAUAAUUUUCACUAUUGAUUUUAAGUUAAAAAAAAACAAAGGAAAAAAAAAGGAUACAGUUGUUAAGGAACAGAUCUUUAAUUUUGAACUCCAUGUUUGCAGUUGAAAUUUCAAUUUAAAUAUUUCUUAGUUUAAUACUUAAUAUGACUUAUCUAUGUACAAAUUGUUAUUUUAAAAGUUGCAUUUUAAGAAAUUUUGUAUUUUUUGAAAAUCAUAGGUAAGUAAACAUGACUCAUUUACUUGCCAGUUUUGAAAAAGUAACAGUAUGCAUAUAGUUGUGUGAUGGGCAUUGAUGUAGUAAAAAAAUAUAUUUUGUAAUAUAUUUUAAUUUAUAAUCUUAUGGCAAAUGUACUUAUAUCAUUGUAUUUACUCCCUUGAUCUGAAUUUAUAUUUAUUAUUUAGAUAAGGACUUUCAGUUGUACAUUAUUUUUGUUGUGAUAUAUUCACAUUUUUUCUGUUCAUAGGUGCAUUAUAUUUCUCCACAUUUUCACAUUUUUUGUCAUUUUACUACCACUCAUUCUUCAUUUAAAGAGAUAACAAUUAUAUAUCAAGUUUAUCCAAAUCAUUAUGAUUUUUUUAAUUCAAAAGAGAGCUUAGCUCAUUUAAGAUUAUUGGAUCUCAAUUAAAAAGGUAUUUACUAUUAUUUUUUGUUUUUAAAAGUUAAUGUUUUCAAGAAAAGGCACUUUGAUUCAAUUUACAUCUUUAAUACAUUAAAUUUUUUUUUCCUGUUUCUAUCAUGUCUGAUUUUUGUUUUAAGCCAGAAGAACAAUGACUCAUUAUAUGCCCCUUUAUAUUUUUCAAUUUAUAAUUACUUUUUUUACAAUGUAAUAAUGUGAUAUAAAAGCAAGUUUUGGCAAUUAAUUAUUAUUUAUGAAAAAAAAUAUUUUCAAUAUUUUCAAUAGGUUCAAGAAUUGAAUUUACUUUAAUUUAAGUCACAAUUUUACUUACUUAAAUGGGACUGCAUAAAACCAAGAAAGAGCAUGCAAUUCUUCAUUCAAUGUUUGGAGGUAGGAUUACACUAAAUAACAGCAGCAAUUAUUCAAAGUAAUUUCACCAGUUUUGACAAAGCACAUGCUGUUAAUGAAAAAUUUACAAAGAACCAAACAAAAACAUUGUAUAGAACUUAAAAUGUAAUGGUUUAUUUCUUUAACUGUAUGGCAUGUUCAACAAAAUCUAUAUUGACACAAGCUAUAAUAUAAGUAUUCUUGUACUCCAAACUAAGUCAGUUAUAAACUGAUUUACGAAGCACUGAUUUUUAAAAAAAAAACGACAACUUAAAACAUUGAUGUCUCAAUAUAUAUGGAAAAACAUGUAUGCUCGACAUAUUUUCAAUACUACUGACAUUUCUAUUAGAUAUUUCUUAAUCAAAAACUUAAUGUAUGAAGGUUCAAGGGGUUAAAUGUUUUAAUAAAUACCCCCAAUUUGAGUGAUUCCCCAGUUGUAUUUGAUGACUUAUUUAACAUCUACAUAUGUGUAUUAUAAUUUUUUUAAGAUGUAAAAAGCUGUAAAUAUUUAUUUUCUAAUUUGACGUGUUUUGAAACAUGCAAUUUAUUCAUCUUAUAAUGUUCAUGGAGUAAAGUUUUAAUUAAUGCUGACAUAUUUUAUUUCUGAGUAAUAUUAUUUUUAGUAUUAUUUAGCCUUUGUUAACGCUGAGUGAAAACAUAAAGGAUGAAAAACUAGUCAGAGGUUGAGGUUGUCAAAGAAAGAACAAGAAAAUAUGCCACGUGUAGUCUAAAAUACUCAAGUUCAUUCCUUGACAGGUAAACAAAUGUGAAAGUUAGGGUGACUUAAACUAAAAAAAUACCAAUAAUCAAAAUGCUAUCAGAAAUCCUCCCUUUUUAUGCGAUUUAAACAAGAGUGCUUCCUAGUCAUGCUAGAUCAAAGUGUGCUUUAAUGUGGCUUUGGUGCCUCUAAGUAUUACUACUUUGCUGGGAUUGUAUUACACAUGUAACUGUCUAAAUUAUGUUCGACUCUAUGUGUUGUGCAAUUUUUAUUUGAACCACUGUGAUGAUACAAGGAGGCAUUCCACCAUUGCUGUACAUUUUACACAGAAAUGCAAUGCAAUAAGAUUUUGAGUAGUUACUUGUGUGUGAUAAAGAUAUUCCCAUUUAACAGUGGAAAUGACUUAUUUCAAGAAGGUUCAACUAUCAAAAUCUUGUUUUGAAUGUGCUAAUGGAAUCUUGGAGACAUUGCUUUUUAGCAAAUAUUUUGUGAUUAUCAGUUAUAGUCUUUUAAAUGAUUUUUCUCAUUUAAAAGACAUGUGAUAUGGAAAGAAAUGAAUAAAACAUUCUAAAAUUGCCUAAACAAUUUGUGUAUUUUUGAUCUUGUGUUUAAAUAAUUAGUUAGAUUUUAAACAAAUUGUUUCAACAAAUUGUAAAUUAAAAUAUGUUAGACAUUUUU